AUGGACGAAGCAGUACCAAGCUUCGAAGGCCUUUUGCCACCCAACCUAGAGUCAGUCAUUGCAGGUUGGAUCCAUGAUGACAUGCCAAGCUUCGAUGUAGGGGGGCUUGUUGUUGGAUCUGACACAAAGGAAGCGAAGCUUCUCAUGAAAUCCUCAGGUGUUUUUGCAGGCAAACCGUUUUUCACAAAAGUUUUUCAGAUGCUGGACUGCAAGGUUGAGUGGGAAGAAAUCGCAGUCGAGGGCAACAACAUCGAAAUCAGUGAAAAAGUUGUUUUCGCAACUGUCACGGGACCUGUGAACAAGAUUCUUCAAGGGGAACGGACUGCUUUGAACACAUUGAGCCGUUGCUCUGGAGUUGCAACUCUUUCUCGAGAAGCCGCAGAUAUAGCGAAAAAUCUUGGUUGGAAUGGCUGGGUUGCUGGUACCCGAAAAACAACACCUGGGUUUCGAAUUGUUGAAAAGUACGGCCUUCUUGUGGGUGGUGCAGCCACUCACCGACUGGAUUUAAGUCAGAUGGUCAUGUUGAAAGACAACCACAUUUGGGCCUCAGGAUCAAUAGAAAAAGCGGUCAAGCUUGCGAGGAAGGCUGCUGGUUUUUCACAGAAAAUCGAAGUGGAGUGUCAGUCACUAGAAGAGGCUCUUGAAGCUGCCAAAGCCGGGGCUGAUAUUGUCAUGCUUGAUAACUUUACACCAGAGAAUCUGCGAAAAGAUGCCAAGACAUUCAAGGAGCAAUAUCCACAUGUCAUCGUCGAGGCUAGUGGUGGGAUUACGACUGAAAGCAUGCCCGGAUUUCUUUGCCCUGAUAUCGAUGUCGUCUCGCAAGGAAAAUUGACUCAGGGAUACUCUUGUGUGGAUUUUAGCUUAAAGAUUGUCCAUUAG